GCCAAGCGACGUCGAUCGGCCGCCCCGCUCCUCCGCCGCCGAGCGACCGCGCGUGGAGACAAUGGCCGAGAUUAGGAAAGCCCUCAAGUGAAGUCGCUGCCACAGAGCCACAGAACGGGUGCCAGCGAGCGAGGAGGAGGGCCAGGCCAGUGGAGACUCUAAAGCAGUAUCAUCAGAAGCUGUCCACGUGAGCCAUCCUGCAAGCCAUCUCGACCACCACGCGCACAGCCUCACACGCACACACGCAUACACACACCUACGAUUGUGCACAGAGAGCCCCUGUAUACAUCCCCAAACCAUCAUAUGCACUCACUGUACACAGCCUUACGGGCAUCCACAAGCACCCGUAAUACCCAGCCACAUGCACAAAGCCUCUGCGCACAGCCCUUUGCAAACGGCAAAAUUUGUACAUAGCCUCACACGCAGGUAUACACGCAGGGACCCGUGUGCACACGCUCACACAUAUGCGUACAAAACACCUGUGUGCGCUAAUUCCAUAUAUUUUCUUCCCCAACAGUGAUAAAAAAUAUUUAAUCCAACUCCUCCAUUGCUAACCGUAUCAGAAAAGCCAAACAUUCAACCAAAGUUCAACCCUUUCUCAACCAUACAUUCUAAUUGCACUCCAUGACCUACACCUUCAAGCAGAAUUCCAUGAACUUAAAUCGAUCCUGAAACAGACAAUAUAAAGUCUUUAAAUAACUUGACAAGAUGCUGCUGGGCGAGGGCAAGAGGGGCAUCGGGGAGCCUUGCUGGAGCCACGCCCAGUGUUACCGAGGGCAGGCUAAUUCACACUGCCUUGGACUCAUCUGCAUGUGCGAUACCGGGUUUCAUAACUAUGAGGGAAAGUGUUCGAGAAACAUCUGGGAAGAUCUCGGUCUGCACUACUGGGAGCUCAUGAUCGUUGCCUUUGUGUUGACCAUAGUGGCACUGAUGAUGUUCUUUGGCACCGUCUACUUCAUUGUCUCCAAGAUCGCCAGGUUCCGGCAGACGAGCCCCGAGGAGCAGGUUCCCCCCGAGGAGAGCUUCGACAAGAGGGCGAGCGCGAAGGGCAUCUCCGGCGCCUCCGGGAAGACAGCGAGGGCCUUCGAGACGCAGCUGGUGGACAGAGGGAUGGUCGAGAGCCAGCUGGUCAAGGAAGAGGGCCUGCUGCGACCUGAGCAGGACGUCACGCAGACCGCGGCCUUCCUGGAGCCCUCCAAGUUCAUCCUCCCGCUCAGCUUCCGCCACAACAGCGACUCAGACUACUCGAGGAGCGACCUCUACAGCAGGAGCUCCUGGUCCAGCGCCUCCAGCACCUCCAGUGGCUCCUCCGGCGGGUGGAUGAGCGGGCGUUGGCCGGGCGUCGGAAGGGCGUGGGCGGGGAUGGGCGUGGGUGGGAAUCCGGAGGAGGAGUGGUAUCAUCCCAGGAGGAAUCUCGGCAGAAGAACAGGGAAUUACAGUCCUACAGGAACAACCCGCCUCCCGCUCCUGCUCAGAGCCUCCACGUUAUCCGAGAGCGACGAGUCUCCGUAAGCAGAAGCAGAGAGCAAGCGUCGAAGGUCAGAACAAAAAGGUAGCGAAAAAAAAGCAGGAAACGAAGAGAAGAAAGCAGGCAACGAAGAGGAUAAAGCAGGCGACUCAAGCAAGAUAGAAGGUGACGAAGGUAAAGAGAAAAAGAAAAGCAGGCGAUAGAGAUAAGAAAGUAGGUAACGCAGACAAAAAUAGAAACAAAAGGAAACAGAAAAGGCAGGCAACCGAGGUAAGAAAAGAAGCAAAGAUAACAAGAAAUAUAAAUUUAAAGACCUCGACGUGAUAAAGCCAACACCGUUUUACUCUUGUUUUUUUUAUGUGAGAUAUUUUCAAUUCACGAAGUUUUGUAACCGAUGCUAUAAUAACAUGAACUCAAUAGCAACUAGAUUUAGAUAUAGAUCAAUUAUAUUUGUAUCAUGUAAUUCUAUCAAUACAUAUUUACAUAUUACAGUAUAAAUUAUUCAUUUUCUGUUACAUUUUUCUUAGCAUAUGCAUUAUAUAUCUUUUUUAUAUAUUGUAAAGUUAAAUCGUUAGUCGAUAGGCAAUUCGUAAUCACGGUGUGUAUAAAAUGUUUAUAAAAUCUGUCACGUUCAUUGUGUAAUUCCGUGUACAAAGGAAAAAGCCCAAGGACCAAGUAAAAAGGAAAAAGUAAUGAAGCAAAGAACAAUAGACCAAACAUAUCGUAGCCUUAUGGAUUUUAUUUAGUUAUAAAUAAAACUCCAUUCCAUAACUAUAGACUGUAUCGUGGGGCUUACUAACAGAGUUAAAGUUUUUGUUUUGUUUUUCAUGUAGUUGAAUAUAGUGCAAUGGGAACAAAGAUCCAGACACAGUAACGUGUGUACAAAGAUGAAAUGAAACGCAACCACAGCAAGAGAGAGGGGAAAAGUAUCAUGACGUUUCGAACCAGAAUAACAUCGUCAUCAGGUAUCAACACCGAAAUCCGAACGAUCGGACGAGGAAACUUUUAUUAUCGAAACGAGGCUUUUUUUUUUUUUCGUUUACUAUGGUUGUGUUUCUUUUCAUAGCAUAGUUUGUUAAAGAUGUGUUUUGUAUACCGGAGACUUAUCAAUCUAUAGGGUUUACUGUUUAUAAUCAUCUGCAUUUUCGUAUAUAUUCUAAUAAACAAUAAUAAAUA